GUCUUAGGGCUCUGAAUCACUAUCCUCUGCCCAACGCGGAGGGCUACAUUCCUGCCUAGAAAGAGGCAUCUGGAAGCACGAAAUGGGGAGGCAUUGCUGCAGUCGGCGGCGCAGGCUUGUGGCCGCGUGUCUAGGCGCAGCGUUCCUGCUCCUGUGCGCCGCGUCCCGCGCUCUCCGCCCGGCAUUUGAAAACAAGUCCCUGGGCUCCCUCUGGCUUGGUGGGGAGAGACGGAGUCCCCUACAGCUGCUCUAUGACCUGGACCAGAGUCAGCGCUCGGCCCUGGCAGAGGUGCACCGGCAGCGGCGAGACCUCCUGCGCCAGACCUGCAGCCGCCUCACACGUCGACAGCAUCUGCUGCGGCCCGAGGACCUGCGGCACGUGCUUGUGGACGAUGUGCACGGCCUGCUCUACUGCUACGUGCCCAAGGUGGCCUGCACCAACUGGAAGCGAGUGCUUCUAGUGCUGAGCGGCCGCGCCCGUGGCGACCCCCACGCCAUUCCCUCGCACCAGGCACACGCGCCGGACAGUCUGCCUUCGCUGGCUGACUUCACCCCGGCGCAAAUCAACCAGCGGCUGCGCACCUACCUGGCCUUUCUGUUUGUGCGCGAGCCUUUUGAGCGCCUGGCGUCUGCCUACCGAAACAAGUUCGGGAGACCCUACAGCGAGGCCUUCCAGCGGCGCUAUGGCACACGCAUAGUGCGGCGCCUGCGCCCCCGCGCACACCCCGAUGCCCUGGCUCGCGGCCACGACGUGCGCUUUGCAGAGUUCCUGGGCUACCUGCUGGAUCCCCGCACUCGGCGCGACGAGCCCUUUAACGAGCACUGGGAGCGAGCUCACGCGCUCUGCCAUCCGUGCCGCCUGCACUACGACGUCGUGGGAAAGUUUGAAACGCUGGCCGAGGACGCUGCCUUUGUCCUAGACUUGGUGGGAGAGCCAGGCCUGCGUUUUCCGGGGCCGCCAAGCCCCAGAGGGGCUGCCGCUGGCGACCAAGCCGCCCGCCUUUUUCAGAGCAUUAGCCCCUUCUACCAGCGGCGCCUCUUCGACCUCUACAAGAUGGACUUCUUGCUCUUCAAUUACUCAGCCCCGUCCUACCUGCGGCUGCGUUAGUGGCACUGCAUUCCCCCAGAGGAUUGGAGAUCUGCAGUGAAAUCGGAGAGUGGGCCUUUCAGACAGGACCUGAGGGUUUACUGGUGGUCCUGCCCAAGACUCAGUCGCCCAAUGACCCCUGCAGAAACAUGCAGAUGGUAGCCCACCUGGGCAUGAGUCAUACCUCACUGGGUUUGGGUACAGACCCUCUUAGGUGUCCAGGCCUGCUUCUGCUUGUUUCUUCUACUUGCUGCAGGUGGUAUGCAUCCCUUAGCUCUUCUGAAUGGAUGAAACUUCGUAAACCAUUUGGGGGGCUGUGAGUGGCCAACGUUUUGAGAGCCAAGUGUGACCCUGAACCUGUCCAUGGGGAACUAAGCAGAUUGGUGAUGUUUGGUUCAUUGUGUCUGAGGAGCCACUGUAGCCUCCCCACUUUGCUUAUCCUGGCAAGAACAGACCUGGCCAAAGGGGAAAAAGUCUUCCCUGCUCAAAUCCUUACUUGGGUUUCAGUCUUGCAGGAUGGUAGAUCUUCCUGUGUGCCAGCAGAGCCCAGUACGAUGUUAGGGUUUUUAGGACAAUGCUCAGC